GCUUGCUUCACAUAGGUCCCUUCGCCCCUAUGUACAUUUUAUACGGACUUUGUUGCGCCAUUGAAAUGAUUCGUGUUAGUCACCGUGUGCCGUGCUUUUGAAGUUUACACAAUUGUACCCAAUUUAUGUCUCUAUAUAACGUUGUUAGUUUGUGUUUUAGAACAGCUCGCUUCACAUACUGCAGUGUCACCUGGAGCGCGCCUCAAGGACGUCGUCUACAAAGUUUCUUUGCGUUGGAAGUUGAGUGGCUAUAGCUAGCUAGGACUCUGUUUUCGUACUUAUUGGCUAGCAAUGUGUUGUCAUUCGUAAGUAACAUCAGAUAUGGUUUAACUCAAUCAUGAGUUAUAAUAACUAGUCAUUAUUGACAAACGUUAACAAAGUCCACGCUUUGAAAGGGAGUAGCUAGCAACCUAACGUCGCUACCAUUGGUUAUAGCUAGCGAAAUUAGCUAACGUUGCAUGUACGAGUUUGGCGUAACUUGAUAAAGAGAGGCAAUGUUACCAGUAAUUGAAUACACUUUAAAAGUGUUUUUCUAUUUGCAAGUUAGCUUGUUUACUGAAUACGUUAUUUCUACAUUGGCUUGAGAGGCUGUUAGAUGCUGAUUAUGAUUUUAUACAUUCUAAUCAAUUCCAUACAACUAUGUUUCAGGGCGGAAUAUUCUAAUCAUUCAAUUAACAGAUAAUUCUCAAAUAAGAGGCCAGCAGCCGUGUUUUUGUCAGCUUUUUAGAGUAUAACGGUAGUCCUGUCUGUCUUUAGAGGGGCGUUUACCGCGAAGUGUCGAACUAGCCGCCCUUAAUCUGUAACUACUGUAACGUUAACUGUAACUCGCCAGCUAGCUUGGAUAUUAUGUAAUGUCAAUGAGUUUUCUACUGUACUGCAUAAUCGAAUGCUGGUUAUGUCAAUUCUGCUGUCCAUUUAUAAUUUAUAGCUAACGAAUUUAUGUUAGUUUUUGCUUACUGUCUGAGUUAAGUAGAUUGCUAGCAAAAAUAGCUAACUUGACUGCAUCCUGUUGGCUUCUUUUAACAUUUGACAGCACCAUACAUAAACUGCAGCUAGCUACGUCACGUGAGCAAGGGAAUAACAGCGCACGAGCUAGCAAGCUACAUCAAUACUUUUCCAACGGGGAAUGCAGCAAAUCAUUCAGCGCUGCACGAGGAAUAUUUCCUGUGAAGACGGAUUAGAAACCAUAGAGCUCAGAAAUUCAGCGUUGCACGAGGAAUAUUUCCUGUGAAGACGGAUUAGAAGCCAUAGAGCUCAGAAUUCCAGCAAAGUCGAACUGAAUGGAUAUGAUCUAGUUUGGAAAACUCCCAUGUCUGAUUAAGGAUCAAGAAAUGGAUAACCAGGACAAGAGCUUAGAGAGAGGUGAAGAGGGAAGCUUCUCGGUUAACGCAGGCAGUUCCAAGUCCACCACAUUAACUUCAGUGAUGCAUUUGCCUGGCUCCACACCCCAGCCUCCAGCCAGAGACUCCUGUAACGGACUGAAUGUCACUAAGAUUCAGGGUGAGCUCUCCACAGCAGGGACAACCUCCAUUGGACUCCCUAUAGAGGAGGCUGAAGUGAAGUUAAUGGGCAAGGCCCUGAGAAUGCAGAAUGCACAGAAACAGCAGCAGAAUCAACAGCAGCAGCUGUUUGAGAACUUUGCUCUGUUGGAGGAGAGCAUUUCAGAUUUUAAUCGAUCCAACACCCCAGGGAGCUCCGUACUUGGAUGUUCUAAUUACCUUCUCCCUCUGAAAACUGAGGACUUUUCACCAAUGGAUAAGGACAGGCUUGACAUGGAGACGGUCAGCUUUGGACAGUCACUGAAGGACUUGGAUGUCAACGAGAGGCUCCUUGGUGACAAUACGCUGGACAUUCUGCGGGAUUUGGACUUGCCUGGCUCUCUGUCUGACCUAAAUGAGUUUUACCUGGCUGACGAGGCCGCUUUCCUUUCCUCCCUGUCAGUGGAUGAUGCCCUGCUCGUUGAAGGCAACAUGGAAACCAAGCCCAUAGUCAGUAGCAGUGGGGGAAACUGUAAAAAUGUGAAUGGUGUGGGGCAGCAACUGGGCCCAGGGAUCUCCAUGUCUGUCAUCAAGACCGAGAAGGACUCUGACACCUCCUUCAUCCAGCUUUACACCCCAGGGGUAAUCAAGCAGGAGAAUGAGCGCCAGAGCUACUGUCAGAUAUCCAGCCUGGACAUACCUGGUACCCACAGCUCGGUGGGCUCCAUGAGUGGGCCGAGUUACCACUACAGCGCAAACACAUCGACGGCAGUGUGCGUACAGCAGGAUCAGAAGCCUGUCUUUGGCCUGUAUCCACCACUGCCCUCAGUCAGUGAUGGCUGGAACAGAGGCCAGGAAUUUGGGGAUGGAUCAGGGAUGUCAACUCCAUCUUUUCCUGUCAGCUUCAGCAGUCCAACGGCCAGACCCGAGGCCAGCAGCUCCACAUCUUCAGCCCCUGCCAAGCACAGCGGUCCAACCCAUAAGAUCUGCCUGGUGUGUUCUGACGAGGCUUCUGGCUGCCACUAUGGAGUCCUCACCUGCGGAAGCUGCAAGGUGUUCUUCAAGAGGGCCGUUGAAGGACAACACAACUAUCUGUGUGCCGGGAGGAAUGACUGCAUCAUAGACAGGAUCCGCAGGAAGAACUGUCCGGCGUGCCGCUUCCGCAAGUGUCUCCAAGCAGGGAUGAACCUGGAAGCAAGGAAAAACAAGAAGCUGAUCCGAUUUAAAGGUCAGCAGGCCACAACAGAGACAAACGCUCCCGCACCUGAUAAAAGGGCCUGCACCCUGAUCCCAAAGUCCAUGCCCCAGCUGGUGCCCACCAUGCUGUCCCUGCUUAAAGCCAUUGAGCCAGAGGCCAUUUACUCUGGCUACGACAGCACCAUCCCCGACACCUCCACCCGCCUUAUGACCACCCUCAACAGGUUGGGCGGACAGCAGGUCGUUUCAGCUGUCAAGUGGGCCAAGUCCCUACCAGGGUUCCGGAACCUUCACCUGGAUGAUCAGAUGACACUGCUGCAGUGCUCCUGGCUGUUCCUCAUGUCAUUCGGCCUGGGCUGGCGCUCCUACCAGCAGUGUAACGGGGGUAUGCUGUGCUUCGCCCCUGACCUGGUUAUUAAUGAUGAGAGGAUGAAGCUGCCCUAUAUGACCGACCAGUGUGAGCAGAUGCUGAAGAUCUCCACUGAGUUUGUGAGGUUGCAGGUGUCCUACGACGAGUACCUGUGUAUGAAAGUCCUGCUGCUGCUCAGCACAGUACCAAAGGAUGGAUUGAAGAGCCAGGCUGUGUUUGAUGAGAUCCGCAUGACCUACAUCAAGGAGCUGGGGAAGGCCAUCGUCAAGCGGGAAGAGAACUCCAGCCAAAACUGGCAGAGGUUCUACCAACUCACUAAGUUACUGGACUCCAUGCAGGAGAUGGUGGGGGGCCUCCUGCAGAUCUGCUUCUACACUUUUGUGAAUAAAUCCCUUAGUGUGGAGUUCCCUGAGAUGCUGGCCGAGAUCAUCAGCAACCAGAUACCAAAAUUCAAAGAUGGGAGUGUCAAGCCGCUUCUGUUUCAUCAUGCCUUAAACCAUGACACAAUGCCUUAAAACCUGUUUUCCCUGCAGACGUCCCGCCAGGUCCCCUACCAGUACGGAUUAAUGUAGUGAGAGUGUGCACUCAAAUCGGUUCCCAGAGGACUUGGGUGGAUAGAGAAUGUGAAAAAGAGAGAACAAGAGUGCAAGAUUGACACUGACCAUGAGCGACAUGGCAACAAACUAACUGACCCUUCUGGAUGAAACAAGGAUUCAACUCUUCUGGAAUCGCAUUUAGACCGUGAAUCACUUCAAAAGACUUGAUCAUUGUGAGAUUGGAGGAAUCAAAUUUUAACAACAAAAAGAGAGGGAUAUUUUCUAUUGAUUUAAUGCAUGCACAGACCGCUGAAACGUUUACGCAAGAAUAUCAGAAAAGGGAAAACGUGCCUUUUUUUUAGCUUUACAAGCUUUCCAUAGCCAUUUUUCUCAAACUGUCAAAUGCAAGUAUUUUGCAUAGGAAUUUAAUAUAAACACCUUUGUAUGUAUUUGUGUCUGUUCUCUUUCUAAGCAGCCAUGUUUAUUUUCUAAAAUGUGUAGUUAAAUGAUCCCUGCAGUUAAAUGAUCCCCAGAAGUGAAGUGUACAGUAACUAAUAAAACCAACAAUAUGUUCAAUUCCAUUCUCCGCAACCUUUCAGCAGUUGUUAUGCUCAAACAUUAGGUUGAAUAGAAGGUUCCUGCCCAUGUCUGAGCGUGUCACAGACAGUAUAUCAGGGUUCCCCAAAGUCAUUAAUGGGCCCCCCUGGGUCAAAGUUUAGUUUUUUGCCCUAGGAAUACACAGCUGGUUCAAAUAACCAACUCAUCAUGAAGCUUUGACUAUUCCAAUCAGCGGUGUAGUGCUAGAGCAAAAAAACAAAAUGUGCACCCAGGGGGACCCCAGGACCGAGUUUGGGAAACCCAGUAGUAUAUCAUAAUUCAACAGUAACAAAGAAAAAAAGAUCAGAUCAACUUCAUGAUAAAUCAUGUCUUCAUGAUAAAAUCAAGACUCCAUCUUAAAACCAUCCAUGCAUGAUUUGCGAGUUAAAUGAAAAUGGCAGCAUUGGGCUAGGGAGAUGGGAUGGGAGUUUGCAGAAUUGGCUAAUGAUCAUAUGAUUGGUGUGUAUAUGUGAGUGAGAGAGGGCAAAAAGGAAACUGCCUGAACACGUUUGUUUGUUCAUAUGAUAUUAAAACGUAUGUAUCUAUUUUUAUAUGAUCCGUCAAGCUGAAUUUUAGAGAGCAUACGCACAGUCACUAUUCUCUGGGAGUUGCAAACAAAUUGUUAAAUUGCCCAUGCUUAAAAGAAAAAUCCACUCAAGUGAUAUUUGUUUCAUUGGUCUACUGUUGAAACAGUCCAAAAAUGUUACCAGUCAAGUUUGUCACCAGUCAAGUUUUCAAGAUGUAGGAUUUUCAAGAAGCAACGUGUCACUUGCCACAUCAUCAUGAUGAUAUUGCAUUUUGCAUCGUCAUGAUGGUUUAAAAGUCACCUGUAUGUAUUAUUCUAGUGCCAAACUGCAAUUUCUCAAUUUUUAUUCAAAAUAUGAAAUGGAAAAACAGCAGAACUGUGUAAUUGUUACACAGAAUUUAUUUAGCCGUCCUCUCACAUUAGUUAACAUAACAUUGUUACAGUGGUUCGCGAAAGUUUUCACCCCCUUGGCAUUUUUCCUAUUUUGUUGCCAUACAACCGGGAAUUAAAAUAGAUUUGGGGGGGGUUUGUAUCAUUUGAUUUACACAACAUGCCUACCACUUUGAAGAGGCAAAAUAUUUUGUAUUGUGAAGCAAACAAGAAAUACAACAACAAAAACUGAACUGGAGUGUGCAUAACUAUUCAACCCCCAAAUCAAUGCUUUGUAGAGCCACCUUUUUGCAGCAAUUACAGUCCCCAGUCAUACCCCAGUCUCUUGGGGUAUGUCUCUAAGCUUGGCACAUCUAGCCACUGGGAUUUUGCCCAUUUUUCAAGGCAAAACUGUUCCAGCUCCUUCAAGUUGGAUGACUUCUGCUGGUUUACAGCAAUCUUUAACUCAUACCACAGAUUCUCAAUUGGAUUGAGGUCUGGGCUUUGACUAGGCCAUUCCAAGAAAUGUAAAUGUUUUCCAUUAAACCACUUGAGUGUUGCUUUAGCAGUAUGCUUAGGGUCAUUGUGCUGCUGGAAGGUGAACCUCCGUCCCAGUCUCAAAUCUCUGGAAGACUGAAACAGGUUUCCUUCAAGAAUUUCCCUGUAUUUAGCGCCAUCCAUCAUUCCUUCAAUUCUGACCAAUUUCCCAGUCUCUGCUGAUGAAAAACAUCCCCACAGAAUGGUGUUCUUGGGAUGAUGUGAGGUGUUGGGUUUGCACCAGACAUAGCGUUUUCCUUGAUGUCCAAAAAGCUCAAUUUUAGUCUCAUCUGACCAGAGUACCUUCUUCCAUAUGUUUGGGGAGUCUCCCAUAUGCCUAUUGCGAACACCAAACGUUUUUGCUUAUUUUUUUUCUUUAAGCAAUUGCUUUUUUCUGGCCACUCUUCUGUAAAGCCCAGCUCUGUGGAGUAUAUGGCUUAAAGUGGUCCUAUGGACAGAUACUCCAAUCUCCGCUGUGGAACUUUGCAGCUCCUUCAGGGUUAUCUUUGCUCUUUGUUGCCUCUGAUUAAUGCCCUCAUUGCCUGGUCCAUGAGUUUUGCUGGGUGGCCCUCUCUUGGCAGGUUUGUUGUGGUGCCAUAUUAUUUCCAUUUUUUAAUAAUGGAUUUAAUGGUGCACUGUGGGAUGUUGAAAGUUUCUGAUAUGUUUUUAUAACCCAACCCUGAUCUGUAUGUCUCCACAACUUUGUCCCUGACCUGUUUGGAGAGCUCCUUGGUCUUCAUGGUGCUUGGUGGUGCCCCUUGCUUAGUGGUGUUGCAGAGUCUGGGGCCUUUCAGAACUGGUGUAUAUCUACUCAGAUCAUGUGCCACUUAGAUUGCACACAGGUGGACUUUAUCUAACUAAUUAUGUGACUUCUGAAAGUAAUUGGUUGCACCAGAUCUUAUUUAUUUUCAUUUCAGUUCACCAAUUUUGACUAUUUUGUGUAUGUCCAUUAGAUGAAAUCCAAAUAAAAAUCAAUUUAAGUUACAGGUUGUAAUGCAACAAAAUAGGACAAAUGCCAAGGGGGAUGAGUACUUUUGCAAGGCACUGUAUUAUUCUAUACUUCAGAGUGCUAAUUUGUGAAAGGAAUAUUGCAAAGAAAAUGUAACUACACCAGCUAACGGGGAGUAGAAGUAAUGAUUGUUAUUCACAAGAUCUUGUGCUGACGUUGCUUCUAGAGGCAGCUAGGAACUGUAGUGAGAGUGUUGCAGCCCAGGACAGAUGCUUACGCACCUCAGCACAUGGCGGUCCCGUUCUGUGAGCUUGUGUGGCCUACCACUUUGAGGCUGAGCUGUUGUUGCUCCUAGACGUUUCCACUUUACAAUAACAGCACUUAACGGGGGCAGCUCAAGCAGGGCAGAAAUUUGACGAACUGACUUGUCGGAAAGGUGGGAUCCUAUGAUGGUGCCACGGUGAAAGUCACAGCUCUUCACUAAGGCCAUUCAUUCUGCCGAUGUUUGUCUAUGGAGAUCGCAUGGCUGUGUGCUCGAUUUUAUACACCUGCCCGCAAUGGGUGUGGCUGAAAUAGCCACUAAUUUCAAGGGGUGUCCACAUACGUUUGUAUAUAUAGUGUAGAAGUAAUUAUCUCCUUUUAAUGUACUCACCACACACACCAGCUUAUGCCAUGUGAAAACCAAGGACAUACAAGUAAAAUGACUUGUGGAGUGCAAGUGCAGGAACAUUGCUACAAGGUAUUAGAAUUGUGUUUCAUUCAAAGUUAGUUCCUUCAUAAUCAUUAGGCCAGGUUAGUUAACAAACACAAAAUGGUAGCCAUGUAGGCUGACUAGCUCAACCAUUCUUCUCAGUCAGGGUGAUGGAAUGACCAUGUGAGACGGAUCCCCUGAUGAUCCUCUCUGUAUGUGUUCCAUGUAUGUGUCUAUCAUGGAUUCUGGGGGGGGGGGGGUUUGACAUAUUUUGGCUUACUUUCUCAUACAAGUUUUACAGAGGACUUUGUCUCAGUUCUGGUUUUCAAUUGGACAAACCAGCUUGAUCACAUCCUAAUGAUCACUGCAUUGCCAUAGAUGUACAUACAGUAGCAUAACAUAUCUCAUGAAAGUGAAGCAGUUUGUUGAUUAUAACAUGUUUCAUGACAACUUUUGUCAGAAUUUUUACAUACCUGUAUAUUCCUAUCUUUAAAAAAAAAAAAAAAAAAAAAAAAAAAAAAAAAAAAAAAAAAAAAAAAAAAAAAAAAAAAGCUAGACUUAAAGCCUUGAGAAAGGGAGACCAAGAGCCAUAAAAAUUGGGUUUAAAUUCAGGACAACUUAACUAUCAAUGCUUUAGAAAAUGGGUUUCUUUUAAAAAAAUACAAUAUUUUCAAUAUCAGUUUGAUCCUCUUUGAUAUGAAUAAUUCUACUCAAUAUUUUUGUACAUUGGAUGAGUAAGACGGUCAUUAUUUUAUUUUUCUGUUUGUUGGUUUGUGUUUGACAAAGAUGGAUGUAUUGCAUAUGUACUUAGACAGUGUUAAAACAUGUCUGACUUGUAAGUAACUAUAAAUUAUAUAAAUCAAUGGGAAAGACUAUGAAAGCACUGUGUUUUAGGAAAUUAGAAAAUCAGGGUAUUGGGAGGGGAAGAGGGACUGGAGUAUAUUUUGUAUAGUACAACAGAGUGACCAAAGCAGAGAGAACAUAAGUAUUCGAGCAGUUACAUUUACAGUGGCACUUAUUAUCCAAUUAUAGUGCUUAUUAUUUUAUUUUAAAAUAUUUUGUAAUGGUCUAGGCUUUGGUCUUUCGUAUAUUGCUGUGAGAAUUAACCAGUCGCGUCGAAUGUUUUUUCUUUUUAAUUGUUUUUUUUAGGUAAAAACUGUGUUUGAACGUAAUCUACCGGAGAGAAUUUGCACUACCACGUUUCAUAAUGAAUAGAAAAUGAGGAAGGUUGUCACUCAGUCUUUGACUUUCCUCAUUUCCUGGUCUACGCACCACAAACUGCCUAAAAUAAUCUAUAAUGUUCAUUCACUACCUCGUUUCAACUUCAUACUAGUUGAGAAAGUCUAUUUUCUGUAUAAAAUACAUACAAAUAUUAUCUUUAAAGAUUAAGGGCAGAUCAUAUUUCACUGGUAUAUGGCUUUCAUUAAAGUCUGUUGUUCGUAUUUCAAUUCUGUAAAUGUAAUCCAAUGUAAAGAAUAUAUGUUGUGUAUUUGUUUAAAUAUAUAUAUAUAUGUAUUACCUCUGUAUUACACCUUCUGUAGUCAAUGUCAAUAUUUUCUCCUGACUAAAAUAUCUGUGUAGUUCUUUGGUUGGGUGCUCUAGCUUCGCUUCAUGACCUCCGAUGGUUAUCAGUUGUUUCUCCAUAUAAAUCUAAAAUAAAGGGUUUCUCAUUCACAAGUCA